AUGCCAUUCUCCCACCACAGCCACUCAGGGCAGUUCUGCCCGGGCCACGCAAAGGACUCCCUCGAGGAAGUCAUCCAAUUAGCCAUCGCUAAGAAGUUCCAAGUCUUCUGCUUGACUGAGCACAUGCCCCGUGGGGAACUUGACUACUAUCCAGAAGAGAUCGAAGCCAGCCAGACGGGAUCAUGGAUGAUCGCCAACGAAGCGAACUAUUUCCGCGAAGCAACCCGGCUGCGAGAGAAAUAUGCAGACCAGAUCCGCAUUGUAAUUGGCUUCGAAUGCGACUGGAUCCGGCCAGAGUCACGGGCCCUGGUUGAAACCUCAAUGCGUGCGCUCCCGUUCGAGUUCUUCAUGGGCUCGAUCCACCACACCAAGACCGUCCCCAUCGACUACGACCGGGAGAUGUACGAAAAGGCACGGGAUCUAGCGGGCGGGACGGACGAGAAGCUCUUCGAGGCCUUCUUUGAUGAGCAGCUGGAUAUGCUACAGCAAUUGAAGCCUGUAGUAGUCGGGCACUUUGAUCUCAUCCGGCUGAAGAGCGACGAUCCCGAGCGGAGCUUUCAGCAGUGGCGCGGUGUUUGGGAGAGGAUCCUUCGGAACCUGGACUACGUGGCUGGGUAUGGGGGCAUUCUGGAGCUGAACUCUGCAGCCCUGCGGAAGGGCAUGAGCGAGCCUUAUCCCAAGGCUGAGAUUUGCCAGGAGUUCUUGGCUCGUGGCGGCCGGUUCUGUCUCUCCGAUGAUAGCCACGGUCUGGAUCAGGUUGGGCUGAAUUACGCUCGGGUGCUGGAAUUCAUUGAGACGAAGACGGACAUUUCGAUGCUGCAUUAUCUCGAUCUCGGCAGCGAAGCCGAAACUCAAAACCCAGUGGACAGCAGAUUUCCCGGGACGGUCGUCAGAUCAAUCUCCGUGGAGGAGAUGAAGAAGAUGGCCUUCUGGCAGGCGAGCUAA